AGUCGUUACCUCCGCUGCCCUGUGACCUGCAUUGUCCCCGUCCCAUCACAGUGCAUACCUCCCAGUCACCCCCUUGUCUACAGCAGUGUGUACAGGGGAAGCCCCUGUGGUCAGGACAUUACAGGAGACACAUCGCUGCGCUCUCUCUCCUCUCACUCUGGUGGCAGCAGCAGCAGCAGGACGUCCGGUGCAGCGGCGGCUCCUCGCGUGGAUCCCUUGAGGUGCAGCAGACCAUCGUUGGGGCACAGCAGAUACCAUGAGUUCAAAAGAGAGUGCCCGCCAGUCCACUUCUGCCGAGCAUCCUGCAUCCCCCUCAUCAGAAUCACCGAAGAGGGCACGGGGGAGACCUCGGAAACCGCAAAAAGAGCCAGCAGCUGGAGAACCCUCUCCUAAAAGACCCAGAGGAAGACCUAAGGGGAGCAAAAACAAAGGUCCUUCAAAAUCCGCACAAAAGAAAGAAGAGGGCAGCGGUGAGAAGCGUCCACGGGGGCGUCCAAGAAAAUGGCUCCUGUUCAAUACAGUGGGAGAUAUAGCCAACUUGACUGUUUCCAUAAACCUUGCCACCUGGGUCCGGCACUUAUUGCCAUCUUUCCGUGGAAACAGCAAGAUGAAACAACCCCUUUAA